AUGAUGCCCAAAAUACCGCCUCCGCCGUUCGGGGCCGUCUUCAAGGGUGCGACGUCGCAGAUACUCGAACAGUUUAUGGACCUGAGUGGCCCUUCAUACAAGCCCACGGUAUUCAAUCCCUCUUCGCAGGUCAUGAAGGGCCCGCUUCGUGUCGCCAAAGACCGUGUGCCGCCCUCCAAAUCGGGCGAGGAGCCAGGCUUCGACAUAUACUAUGAGGUGCACGGGAAGGGAUCGCGGCGUAUCGCUUUGAUCAUGGGACUAGCGAACUCAUGCUUCAGCUGGCUUGAGCAGGUCGAGGAGUUCGGACAUGACCCCGCAUGCUCCGUGCUGGUGCUGGAUAACAGAGGAUACGGGAACUCGGAUACGCCCGUGCAGCGAUACACAACGGGCGAGAUGGCUAAAGAUGUGAUCGAGGUAAUGGAUCACAUUGGAUGGACAGAGAAACAGUCCGUGAAUCUCGUUGGUGUCUCCAUGGGCGGCAUGAUUUCUCUCGAAAUCGCUCGCCAGAAUCCAGAGCGCCUGGCCUCUUUGCUCUUGCUCAGCACCACAAGUGGAGAUGGAAGCUCUUUACCACCCCCGAUUGGUCUUGUAGCUAUGACCAGAGGCUUUUUUUCUUCGCUCACAGGCCGUACGCGGGCGGAAGCGCGAGUGAAUCGCAUGACCAAUGUGCUUUUCCCAUUGCCUUGGCAGAACGAAAAACACCCGACGGAUCCUCGCGGUCGGACGAACGGUGAAGUAAUGCGCGAAAUUCUUCUUUGGCGAUCUAAAUUUGUUCUUCCGCCUACGACCUUGGGUCCGCUUCUUCAAAUGUCAGCCUGUCUUACGCACCAUGUGUCAUCGAAAGAUUUGAAGCGGAUCAACGAUCUUGUACCAAAGAUCGCUAUCAUCACGGGCGACUGGGAUCAGAUCGUGAACCCAAGUCACUCCAAGCACAUGCAUAAGAUGAUGCCUGAUGCUUUAUAUGAAGUGUGGAAAGAUGCAGGCCAUGCCAUUCAUAUCCAGUUCCCGUUCACCUUUAACAAGUUCCUUCGUCAGUGGAUAGGCUUGCCCCCUGUACACGAUUAA